AUGGCGCCCAAGGGGGAGAAGAAGCCCGCGGAGAAGAAGCCCGCGGCGUCGGACAAGGCGGCGGAGGAGAAGGAGAAGAAGGGUUCCGGUGCGGCGGAGAAGGCCCCCGCGGCGGAGAAGAAGCCGAAGGCGGGGAAGCGGCUCCCGUCGAAGGAGGGGGGAGGCGCGGGUGCGGGUUCCGGCGACAAGAAGAAGAAGAAGAAGGCGAAGAAGGGGAGCGAGACGUACAAGAUCUACAUCUUCAAGGUGCUCAAGCAGGUCCACCCCGACAUCGGCAUCUCCAGCAAGGCCAUGAGCAUCAUGAACUCCUUCAUCAACGACAUCUUCGAGAAGCUCGCUCAGGAGGCCUCCCGCCUCGCCCGCUACAACAAGAAGCCCACCAUCACCUCCCGCGAGAUCCAGACCUCGGUCCGCCUCGUCCUCCCCGGCGAGCUCGCCAAGCACGCCGUCUCCGAGGGCACCAAGGCCGUCACCAAGUUCACCAGCUCUUAGGGUUAGGGUUUGAUGGGGAUCUUCUCGAUCCGAUGAUGGGGAUGAUAUCUAGGGUUUCCUUUUUUUCUUUUUUCCCUUUUUCUUAGGGCUUUGGGUGAUGAUUGUGUAAUUGGAUGGUUUGAUGGAUGAGUGGGUAUGAUGUAAUACAUGGGUAGUUUUUCCUAUGUGAAGAAUAUAGAAGUAGACGGUGUAUCAUCAAGUGUUCUUAUUGUAAUUGCUGAGUUUACCUCUUUUGGUUUGUGAUUGAAAUUGAAAGGGGGUGAUUUCAAGGUUUAUACUUGGUACGCCGAUGGAUCAGUCAUGUUUUAAUUCUCUGUUUUGUUAUUUUUUUGAGGGAUUUGAUGAUGAAUUACCAUUAAUUAA